AAAUGUACAACACAUUACGUAAGCUUUUGUCUCACGGUUUCUCACUUUCUCUAUAAAUUUAUUGCCAAGCAUCCCAUCCUAGAACCAAUAAUUCUUGGUUUUAAUUUUAAAGUUCCAAUUUUUAUCAAUUUCUGCUUUUGGGGUUUUCAAGUUUGUUGUUUCUAUUUCAGAAAUCUCUGUGUCUUGUUUGGAUUGGGGGGGUUUUGCUUAUCUUUGAAGAGACAAGACAUUCUGGGUUUGUGGAAUUGGGUUUGAAUCUUCUUCUUCAUCAAUUGUGUGUAUUAAAGAAUUUAGCCAAAUUCCAAGCUUAAUUUCAAUACUUGCCUUCUGGGGUUUUGAGAUUUCUUCUGGGUUUGUUAGUAUCAGCCCUCUUGUUGUUAGUUUGGAACCAUUUGCAAAAGAUCUGCCUCUUUUGGAACUUUGAAAGAAGUGGGUUUUUUUUUUUUUUUUUUCUAAAGUUAGCUAUUUGUUUUGAAUAUUAUAUCUUCUUGCGGAUUGAGAAUCAGUAUAAGGGAUCUCAAUAGUUUGUGUUGAAGUUCUUCCAUUUUUACAGAUACUUGAAAGAAGAUGACGAUUGGAAAUAUUGCACCUAAGAAGGAGAGGAAGUCAAGAAAGAACAAAUCAAUUGUUGAUGAAAAAGCACCCUUGUUGCCUAAGAGGCAAGAUGAUGUUGGUGCUGAGUUUGAUGAGUUCAAUGGUGCUUCCUUUACUGGGGCGGUGUUCAACUUAUCUACCACAAUUGUUGGUGCUGGGAUCAUGGCGCUGCCAGCAACAAUGAAAGUGUUGGGGCUUGGUCUUGGGAUUGUCAUGAUCAUCUUCAUGGCCUUCUUGACUGAGGCUUCAAUUGAGUUGAUCCUCAGGUUUAGCCGGGCUGGAAAGUCAUCUUCUUAUGGAGGUCUUAUGGGGGAUGCCUUUGGAAAAUAUGGAAAGAUUAUGCUGCAGAUAUGUGUUAUGAUUAACAACAUUGGUGUACUCAUUGUGUACAUGAUUAUUAUUGGUGAUGUGCUUUCUGGAACAUCUUCAAGUGGAGUUCACCAUGCUGGUGUCCUUGAAGGCUGGUUUGGAGACCAAUGGUGGAAUGGGCGUGCUGUUGUUCUUUCUGUCACAACUGUUUGUAUAUUUGCUCCGUUGGCAUGCUUUAAGCGAAUCGAUUCAUUGAAAUUUACAUCUGCUUUAUCCGUCGCCCUGGCAGUUGUGUUUCUUGUUAUUACUGUUGGAAUUGCAAUCAUCAAGUUGAUAAGUGGAGGUGUUAUGAUGCCUAGAUUGAUACCAGAUGUUACUGAUCUGACAUCAUUGCUCAAUCUCUUCACUGUUGUCCCUGUCCUUGUUACUGCAUAUAUCUGUCACUAUAAUGUUCACAGCAUAGACAAUGAACUUGAAGACUCUACACAGAUAAAAGGGGUUGUGCGAACUUCACUUGCUCUAUGCUCAUCUGUGUACAUAAUGACAAGCUUUUUUGGCUUCCUUCUUUUUGGUGAUGCAACUUUAGAUGAUGUGCUUGCCAACUACGACACCAACCUUGGCAUUCCUUACAGUUCCUUGCUUAAUGAUGCUGUCCGUGUUAGCUAUGCUGCUCACCUUAUGCUUGUGUUUCCCAUUGUCUUCUAUCCAUUGAGGCUCAACUUGGAUGGUCUUCUCUUUCCCACAUCAAGGCCUCUAGUUCUGGACAAUCUUAGGUUUGCAUUGGUCUCAAUUGGGCUCGUCGCUGUUAUCUUCUUAGGUGCAAAUUUCAUACCUAGCAUUUGGGAUGCUUUCCAAUUCACUGGAGCGACUGCUGCAGUCUGCCUUGGGUUCAUUUUCCCUGCUGCCAUUACCCUUAAGGAUCGACACAACAUCGCAACAAAGAAGGACAAGAUCUUGGCUGUUUUUAUGAUAGUCCUUGCAGUCUUCUCAAACUUGGUGGCCAUAUACAGUGAUGCCUAUGCCUUGAUAAAAAGGAAUACAUCUCCCCGUGAAUGAUCUCUCAUGUUAUGUGCUGUGUCAUCUGAAGACAUGCCCAGGCAGGAGGUAUGGUCAUUCUUCCAGAGAAAGGAACAUCAUGGUGGGAUCCUUUGGAAGCCAGUAAGAAAAUCAAGGUUUUCUAAGAGGGCUUGAGUUGAAUUAUAGUGAUAAUAAAGACCCUUACUCAAUGUACAAAGGUACUUUUAGAAGUGUAUGAAGGUGUAUAUGCAUAUUGGUGUGCAUUGUUGUCUUGCUUUGUGCUGGUUAUUGGAUUUUGUUGUCAGGGAAUAGGGUUAAGUCAUAGAAAUGCUAGUGCAUAUCCUAGAUGGGUCUUGCAUGGUUCUUUCUAUCAGUUUGUGUGUCAUCCCUUCUCCCUGACGAAUGUGAUGGGAAAUUUAAGUUGCAAAAGAACACAAAUUGCCUUAUAUAAUAAUAUUGAUGAUGCCAUAAUUCCCAACUC